ACCGCACUGACAGCUCCUCCGUUGCCAUGGCGACACUGGCGCUGACGUCCUGCCGUAAAGUAGCGGCUCGUGCGUAUCCCGGAAGAACAUGGCGGCUUCCCCGGGGCUCGGGCUCCGUCCUCUGAGAGCGUGGAUCCCGCUGACUCGCUGCGCACACACGGCAGCCCCCGAGCCGAGCCCGGCCAAGACGAUAAGCUUCUGCCCUCCGGCCGACUCCAAAAAUGACUGGAUCGGACCCCCCGACCGGCACUCCAACCUGCGGCCGGUCAGAUACUUUAUUCCAAAGGACGAAUCGAAGCUGGAAAGAAAACUCCGGGCGCUGCGGGAGGAAACACAAGCAUGGAACCAGAGAUUCUGGGCCAAUCAGAACCUGACGUUUCAUCAGGAAAAGGAAGAAUUUAUCAUUGAAAGACUGAACUCUCUGGGGCUCGGGGAGAGAGACGAAGAGGGGCGUAAAAGGACCUUAAAUGCAGAAGAAAUGGCAACUUUUUACAGGGAUUUUCUGAGCAAAAACUUUGAACGCCACGCGCGCUACAACAGAGAAUGGUACAAACGGAACUUCACCAUUACGUUUCUGAUGGGGAAAGUCACGUUACUAAGAGCCUGGAAGAAACUCGCAUGGAAAAAGCAAGAGGAAGGUCGCUAACAGCCGGACAACGCAAAAAAUAGCAUGUUUUACGGAAGAUACCCUGCUGGGUAUACCCCAGCCCUCCAUUCUACCCUGUUUCCCGGCAAACCAAAAAUGGCCGAAUCACGUGGAUUAAUAUAACAUGAAGAACGCCAUUAAUACCAGGGGUGGUAAACAUACGCAAUGUGUUUUGUUAUUAAAAUGAAUGUGUCAUGGCUGACGGUGUAAUGCGUCACCUCCACAUUCUCACGUUGUCUUA